CAGUGGGGGGGGGUUCAGGUGCUGGCUCUACUCUCAGUGUGGGACCAGGGUGGACAUCAGCACGUGGUAGAGGACCGAAGCACAUUUGAGGGGAUUUCAGAGCGUCUGAGGAGGCUCAGUGUUGUGCGCAGCUGGAAGGAGUCUCAGCUAAUUCAGAAGCAUGAGACUUCAGAGCAGGAAGCCUGAUGCAGGCACGUCCGUGAACUACAGCCCAGGAGUGGAAGAAAGGCCGCUGGAAUGGCCACGGGAGGAAGGUGUGGAUAAUCAAAGAAUCUACACAGUCCAGCAAGGAAUAACGGCUCAAUUUCAUUCAGCUGUUUCUGCCUCUACGAAUGUGGCUGAAGAGGGAAUCCGCAACUGGACGGAUGAUGAAGUAAAAGCGCUGCUGUGCGUCUGGGCCGACUGCAACAUUCGGGAACGUUUGAAAAGCACGCUGCGCAACAAAUCCAUAUUCCAAGAGAUGGCUCGGCAGGUGCAAAGAAAAUAUGGGGUGAUACGCGACUGGAAACAAUGCCGUACAAAAUACAAGAAUUUGAAAUAUGACUAUAAGAUUGCUAAAAGUGCACACGCUGCAGGAGGCAGCGGUGCAGGAAGCCUGGGGAAGUACAUGAAGUUUUUUGAUGAAGUGGAAGCUAUUUUACUGGACAAAGGACUGGAAAAUGGGAGCAUGGAGAUGCAUAAGAGACUGUAUGAUGGUGAACUGAAAGCAGGGAGGCAGGAAACUCCAGCAGGCCACACAGGGCAGAUAAUAAGCUCUGAGAGUGAGCUGGUCAUCGACAUGGAUGAUGCAAUAUCUGACAACUUUGAUGAGAGAAAUAACGUGGACGGCAAUUUGGCAAACAGGAGGAGAGCUGUGGAGGACAAAACCUGCACCUCUGAUUCUGACUUAACCAUCGAGGCAUCAAACACUUAUGAGUCAGAGCGGCAUAAAAUCAAGGAGCAUCGUUUGGAUCGAGAAUACAUGUUGAUGAGUGCUUCUGAGAGUGAGGUCGACAAAGAGAAUACUACUGCAUCAAACAGAAGACUGAAGAGGAAAGCUGUGGACGAAGACCCUGGACUGCACACAUCACUGAAAAAGCUGAACCCUCUUGGCCCUCUUGCUGCUGACAGACGGCACACCCAGUGUAAAGAAGAGCAGGACCACAUCGGCACAAUAAAGAUCAACUCAGUCUGUUCAGUGGCCUCCCCUGCUCCAUCGCCACAGGCCUGCUCAGGAUCCACGAGCGCCAUGGCCUCCACCCCAGAGUUGAAAAUCGGCCAGAAGCUCAAUGAGGGCAAGACUAAACAGAUAUUCGAGCUCGUGGACCACCCGGGACUGGUUCUACUCCAGUCUAAAGACCAGACCACAGCUGGGAACGCCGUGAGCAGAGAUCAGAUGGAGGGCAAAGCUGCCAUUGCCAACAAAACCGCGAGCUGCGUGUUCCAACUGCUGCAGGAGUCUGGCAUUAAGACGGCCUUUGUUAAGCAGCACUCGGACACGGCGUUCAUCGCAGCGCACUGCGAGAUGAUACCCGUUGAGUGGGUGUGUCGCAGAGUGGCGACUGGAUCUUUCCUCAGGAGGAAUCCAGGAGUCAAAGAGGGCUACCGCUUUUCUCCUCUAAAGAUGGAGAUGUUCUUUAAAGAUGAUGCCAACAAUGAUCCUCAGUGGUCAGAGGAGCAGCUGCUGGAGGCCAAACUGUGUCUGGCUGGGCUCACUAUUGGUCAGUGUGAGGUGGACAUAAUGAGUCGCAGCACCGUGGCCAUUUUUGAGAUAGUGGAGAAGGCUUGGGCCACUCAGAACUGCUCCCUGGUGGACAUGAAGAUUGAAUUUGGCGUCAGUGUGAAAAGUCGAGAGAUUGUGCUCGCUGACGUGAUUGACAACGAUUCAUGGAGGCUUUGGCCAGCUGGAGAUCGGAGCCAGCAAAAAGACAAACGGGUGUACAGAGAGCUGAAGGAAGUGACCCCAGAGGCAAUGCAGAUGGUGAAGAGGAGUUCUGAGUGGGUCUCUGAAAGGGUCAAGUUGCUGCUGGAGCCCCAGGCAAGCAGCAGGGUGGUGCUUUUAAUGGGCUCCACCUCAGACGUGGCUCAUUGUGAAAAGAUAAGAAAGGCGUGCGCCUCCUACGGGAUCCCCUGUGUCCUCAGAGUCACCUCGGCACACAAGGGUCCAGAUGAGACGCUGCGCAUUAAAGCUGAAUAUGAAGGUGAUGGCAUACCCACUGUGUUCGUGGCUGUGGCUGGGAGGAGUAACGGCCUCGGCCCAGUGAUGUCUGGUAACACGGCUUACCCUGUGAUCAGCUGCCCUCCUCUCACUCCAGACUGGGGACCACACGACGUCUGGUCAUCCCUCCGCAUGCCAAGUGGUCUUGGCUGCUCCACCGUGUUGUCUCCUGAAGCUUGUGCUCAGUUUGCAGCGCAGAUCUUGGGGUUGAGGGACCACCUGGUGUGGUGCAAACUGAGGGCAUCCAUGCUCAACACCUGGGUGUCUCUCAAGCUGGCUGACAAGAAGUUACAGGCCUGCAGCCUCUGAAGAGCCCAGCGUGCAUCACACCGAACAAAAGAGCUUUGGUCCAUUUAGCACCCUUGAAGCGAACUGCAGGACUGAAAAUGACGCAGUUCAGUUUAUAACAUGGACCUGUUUCUAACAGAUUUGUUAUAGUUUCUCAAUUUUAAUGGAAUUUUAUAGAACUUUUUAAUUUGUUUGUUUAUUUUUGCAUGCAUGUUGUUGCUGCCUGUGUUUAAUUGUGUCAUUUUUGUAACUUGUUGCUGCCUAUCGUCAGGUCUCCCUAAAAAAAGGUUUUUGUUUCAGUGGGAUCUACCUGGUUGAAUAGAAGUUCAAUUGCAAACAUUGUUUACUAUGAAAAGCCAUUAACUGUAGAUGUUUGUCACACAUAUGAUUCGAUGAAGGGACAGAUGAUUGAAGCCUGUAUGUAUUUGUAUGCUUUUUUUCUUUUUUUUAAGACACACCGAGCUUUUAGAUCACAGCAGAAAAAGUGGAAUCAAACAUGUAAAUAGUGGACAGGAAGUUGUGUCAUGAAGCUUUCUUUUCUGACUAGAUGCAAUAAAAUGUUUAAAUACUCGUA